UACACUCACUACUGGAGUGUCAUCGACACCGAAAGCCGUGAAUGGCACCAAGCAUGGCCGCAGCUGGUGCAGGAUACCUGGACCAUUAUCGAACGCGCCGGCAUCGCCCUCACCGGUCCCCCACUCUACGGCCACGAGACCACUCCUCUGGUGUGUGAGCAGAACGGGAUAAUGAUCAACGGAGUGGGCGAGGACGGAUGUGAGUGUUUGGUGCUUCGCAAAGAAGAGACCACGGUCACUUCGUGUAUGACCCUUGAGCGGCCGUAUGAUCUGGUCGUGGGGUGCAUCCUGCUCCGGGCGUAUGCCUUGGCCCCCGGGCAAUUUGAUUUGAUCUCCGAUGGUUAUUGGGAGGAUUGGCGGCACGUUCGCCAAUUCUACGCCCAACUUUGGCCGGAC